UUCAGAUAUAAUCAUGCUCUCUAUUGUCUGUGUUAUUAUUUCGUUGGUGCUUUUAGUUACUGCCACUUGCAUACGUCCAAAAAACUAUCCACCAGGUCCCAGGCUUAUGCCAAUUAUAGGAAACAUUUUCCACUACAAAAUCAAAUAUAACAAACUAAAGUAUCAUCAUUUGGUAUGGAUGGACAUGGCAAAGCAUUAUGGAAAUAUUGUAGGAACAAAAUUAGGGCGAUAUUUGGUGGUUACAGUAACUGGCUCAGAAGCUAUAAAAGAAGUCCUUUCACGUGCAGAAUUUGACGGCAGACCUGACGGUUAUUUUUUCAGGUUACGAACUUUUGGAAAACGUUUAGGAAUUGUAUUUAGCGAUGGUAAAUUAUGGAAAACACAACGAAAAUUCUGUCUGCAAGGCCUGAAAAACUAUGGUUUUGGUGGCAAGAAAAUGGAGGAAAAAGUUCACGACGAAUGCGUUGCUUUCGUUGAACGUUGUCGAAAAGUAUCCAACCAGGAAAUUUUUAUGCACGAUAUUUUCGGUAUUCCAGUUAUAAAUGUUCUCUGGGCCAUGAUCGCAGGAAAAAGAUUUGACAAUGACGACAAACGUCUACAUAAACUACUAGAUAUGAUUCGCGAAUGUUUCAAAAUAGUAGACAUAUCAGGAGGAAUAAUAAAUCAGAUUCCAUUCUUGAGGUAUAUUGCACCAUCAGCUAGUGGGUACAAUCAGAUAAUGAGUAUGCUAACAAACAUGUGGACCUUUCUAGGGGAAACGAUAGAUGACCACAAACUUUCUAUGCAAUAUACUCCCAGAGAUCUGAUUGAUUCAUUUUUACAACACACGGAAAAGAAAACAGACGAAUCAUUUACAGAUCAACAACUGCUUUCGAUGUGCCUUGAUUUAUUUAUGGCAGGCGCAGAGACAACAAGUAACAGUUUAAGUUUUGCCUUUAUGUAUAUGAUACUUUAUCCAGAUGUCCAGAAGAAAGUACAACAAGAACUUGACAAAAAAAUUGGGAGAGAUAGAUGGCCAACGGUGGAAGAUAAAAAUAAUUUAAAGUAUACUCAAGCAGUACUUAUGGAAAUCCAAAGAAGAUGCAACCUGGCGCCCAUGGGAGUAACUCACAGAACAACGAAAACGACCUCUUUAUAUGGUUACACCAUACCAGAGAACGCUGUUAUUCUUUUGAAUUUAUACAGCAUCCAUAUGAAUUUAGAUUAUUGGAAAGAUCCCAUGAAGUUUAAACCAGAAAGAUUUUUGGAUGAAUCUGGAAACAUAACUGUCGAUGAAAAUUAUUAUUUGCCGUUUGGACUAGGUGAAACACUCGGGCAGGAAUCGUUGUCGAAUAUGCUUACUACAGUUCUGAUCACGGUUUUAAUAUCUUUAUUGGGUGUUUGGUGUUUUACAAGUGAAUGUAGAAAACCAAUUUGCUUCCCGCCAGGUCCUGUCUGGUUGCCAUUUUUUGGAAGUUCUUUACAACUCAAAUCCCUCUCUAGAAAAUUUGGCGGGCAGCACCUUGCUUUAAUCCAACUACUAAAAAAGUACUCUUCAGAUAUACUCGGACUGAAAUUGGGCCGAGAAUACGUUAUAGCCGUGUGUUCAUAUAGUACAGUCAAGAAAAUACUUACGUCAGAGGAAUAUGAAGGUCGACCUGACAAUUUUUUCUUUAGAAUGAGGUCUAUGGGAACCAGAAAAGGUAUCACAGGUACGGAUGGAGAACUGUGGAAAGAACAAAGAUCAUUUUUAGUUAGCCAUCUUCGAGCGUUAGGAUUUGGAAAGAAUAUUGUUGAGGAUAUGGUAAAGCAUGAAAUUUGUGAUGUAAUAUCAAAAAUUGAUCAGAAUUUGAAAAAUGUGGAUAUUGCAGUUGUUUUAGCCCCAUCAGUAUUAAAUAUUUUAUGGCACCUAACUAGUGGUAAGGACUUAAAAGGCGAUGAGAACAUUGAUAAUCUUUUGAAACUUCUCCACAAAAGAGCCAAAGCUUUCGACAUGUCCGGCGGUACUCUGAACCUUUACCCCUGGAUUAGAUUUAUUGCUCCAGAAGGAAGUGGAUACAGUUUACUAAAGAAGAUUAACUCUGAAAUUAAUAAAUUUAUAGCAGAAACAAUAAAAGAGCACAAGAACAAAUGGAGAGAUGGACAAUGCGAUGAUGUGAUUUACGCGUAUCUGAAUGAGAUGCAGAAGAAACAAGUUAAAGAUAAUAAUUUUACAGAUGAUCAAUUAGUAAUGGUCUGCUUGGAUAUUUUCCUCGCUGGAUCAACCACAACAACUAAUACCAUCAAUUUUGCCUUUUGGUCUAUGAUAAUGUAUCCAGAAAUUCAAGAAAAGGUCCAUCAAUGCCUUACGAAUGCAUUUCAUGACAAAGAUAUUUCGUAUAGUGAUAGAACAUUGGUUCCUUAUGUUGAAGCAGUAUUAUUAGAGUGCCAAAGAUAUUUUCCGGUAGUACCAGUAAUAGGGCCAAGACGGGUUUUAAGGAAAACGAGUCUAGAUAAUUAUGUUAUUCCUAAGGACACUACAGUUUUAAUUAACAUAUAUUCAGUACAUCAUGAUAAAGAAUACUGGAAAGACCCUGAAACAUUCAGACCUGAGCGAUUCUUAGACAGUCAAGGUAAUCUCCAGAACACAGAAAGAGUUUUGACAUUCGGGUUAGGGAAGCGAAGAUGCCUUGGCGAUGCCCUAGCUAAAUCUUGCAUUUUCCUAUUCUUUGUGACUAUCUUAAGAAAAUAUAAACUGGAGAGUGUGUCACAAAAUAGUAAAGGAGAGAAAACAAUAACUGGUAUUAACAUGACCCCGGGAAAUUACCGCGUGAAUUGUACUCCCAGAUAAUAAAUCUCGAAUAUUUUUAUUGUGUAUGUGUUAUAUUAUUCAUAUGAAGUAUUAUUAAAAGUAAUUGUUAGUAGA